AUGGAAGAUUUAAAAAAGACUUUUUGGUUAAUAGAAGAACUAAUUUAUAUUAAUUUUGAAAAUGAAGAUCUUUAUAAUAAUAAAGAAAAAGAGAUUAUAAAAAAUAUAUCAAUUUUAUUUAAAAAUUUCUCCAAUGAAAACUCCACGGAAAACUUAAGUAUAGAAUUAAAUGAGAAGGCAUUAAAAGAAAUAAUUUUAGAAAUUACCAAUUUUUUUAAUGUCUUAAAGUUGGUAAAAACUGUAAAUCAUAAAAACUGUAUAACUCAUCCAUGGGUUUAUGAUAUAUUUAAAUUUAUUAAAGAAAUAGCUAAGAAUGAUUCAGUAGUUAAUAUUAACCAAGUAAAAAAAGAAGUUUUCGAAUUUUUUUUUAAGGAAAAAAAAAAACAAAUUAUAAAAUAUAGGAAUAAUUUUUUCUUAAACACAUGUUUUAUUUUCAUUAAUGAAAUAAAAAUUCUCUUAUGUUGUUGUAUUCUUUUAAAUAUUUUUGUUCAAUAUAAUUGGACAGGCCCACCAUUAAAUUGUGAUUUUAAAAAAUUAAAAGAACAAAAAAUACAAAUAAAUGACUCAGAUAAUUAUUUUAAAGAAUUUAUGGAUGCAAUAAAUAUUAAAAAUGAUGAAUUUUUAAAUUCAUGUUUGGAAUUUUUGUCACUAGAAGGGGAAUACAUAUACGAGUACAGCGAGUUAAUAUAUUCCUUUUGCAUGUGUAUAAUUUUAUUAGGCAUAAUAAAUAAUUUUAAUGAUGAAGAUCAACAUAUGUUUAGCCUAAAUGAAUAUAAUUAUUUUAAAAUUAACUUAAAUGAUCCAAGUAACAAUAAAAUAGUUCAUAGUAUAUCCUUAAAAGAAAAAGAAAAUAAAGAAUCUAAUAAUAUAAAUACUGAAUGUAUUACUAAUCACAAAGACGAACUACAAGAAGAUAAAAUAGAAAAAAAAAUAAAAGAAAAAAAAUAUGAUGAAUUAAAGCUUCUUUAUUUUAUAAAAAGUAAAUAUUUAUGGAAAGCAAGAAUAUAUUUUAUAUGGCAAAGAUUAUUUGUUUCAAGUAAUGAUUAUUUUUAUUUUUUGAAAAUACAUAUAAUUGAUAAACCAUUUAACAUAUUUAAAAAUAUAAAACUAUUACCUGAAGAAUUCGAACUAAUUGAGCAAGAAGUAAAUUUAAGGGCAAUAGAUAUUUUUGAUCAUUUAAAUGAAAAUAUGAAAGACAUAGAGCAUUGUGAUUUAUUUUUUGAAAAUUAUAUGUCCGAAAAGCUAAAAAUUUAUUUAUUAUCAAAUUUUUCUAUUUAUCUUGCUUUUUAUAAUUAUACCAGUGGCUACAAGAAGAUAAUGGAUAUAAUUUCUGAAUUAAGUCAAUUUCAUUAUUCUUUUACAGGUCGGAUGGGUAUAAAAAGAAAAUAUCAGAAAAUACCAGCUACCAUUUUGGUAUUAAAAACUAAAUUAAAAGAUGAGGAAGAUAAUACAUCCACUAUUUUAAAAGAAAUAGAUCCAUUUAGUGAAUAUGAUAUAUUAAAAAGUGAUUACAAGAUUAUUGAAAAUGAAACAAAUGAAUACUUCAAUAAAUGCAAAGAAGAAGAAACAAAUGAUUUAAGAAGUGAAGAUCAUAAAAGUUUAAAAAGAGAAGAAAUAGAUAAAAAACAAAAUGAACAACAAUCAGAAAAUAAAGACAGUAUUAAUAUAGAAAAACUAAAUGAAGAUGAAUUCAUAGAAGAUGUUUUUUUUUGUAAAAAUGAAUUAAAUAAUAAAAAAUUAGGAGGAACAUGCUGUGAUAACAAUAAUGCAGACAAAAAUAUUUAUAAAUGUCAAAAUGGAAAAUUAGAAAUCACGAAUAAUAAUUAUAAAACAGAAAAUUGUAGUAAUAAUAGCAAUAAAAAAAAAAAUAAUGACUAUAAUUCUAUUAAUGAUAAAAUGCCGUUAAAAAAAUAUGUUUCAUUUAAGGAUGAAAAAAUGAUUAACAUACCUGAAAGGGAAUGUGAAGAAAAUAAUAAUGUAGCUUUUAUUAAUAUAGAUAAUAAAAAGGCUGAAAAUAAAAAUGAUGAAAAAGGUAAAUAUAUGAAUAAUUCUGAAGCAAAUGAUUCAGAAAAAGAAAGUAGCAAUAGAAAAAAGUGUCUAGAAGAACCCAAUGGAAAAGUUACAUGGAAAUUGAAAGAUUUAGAUCCUGAUACUGAUAUAUUAGAAGAGCCCUUUUUCGUUGAUUCUCAGAAUAAUUAUUUUAAAAUUUUAUCCUUUCAGGAACAAAUAAUUCUAAUUAAUUAUUGUUUUUCUUUGAUUAGAUUUAAUCCUCAUUAUGAUGAAAUUAAAUUUGAAAAAUUAAGUGCAGUAAUAUCAAGAUGUUUAAAAUGCUACGAUGUUAACGCUACAGUUGAAAAGGAAAACGAAGGUAAAAAUAAUAAUUAUUUAUUACAAAUAAAAUAUCAAAAUUGGCUAUUGCAUUCCUGCAUUUUAUGGUUUAAAUGUAAAUAUGAAACAUUCAAAUUUAAAACCGUUGAUAGGGCAGCAGCCCAAUUAAAUGAAUUAUUAAAAGAAUGUUAUGAACUGGAACCAAAAAGCAUAGAAAGACUAAAAUUUAUAUAUGAUGUAUAUUAUCCAACCACAUGGGAGAUGAAAAAAGAGAUAGGUAAAGUUAUGAUUAAAAUUGGUUCUAUGAUUUCAGCUUUUAAUAUUUUCAAAGAUUUAAAAUUAUGGGAAGAAGCUAUUACAUGCUUAAUUGAAGCUGGUAGAAAAGAAGAAGCGAAAGAAUUGUUAGAUGAUAUAAUUCAAAAAAAAAGAACUCCUGCUUUAUUAUGUUUAUAUGGAUUAAUAGAUAGAAAUAAUGCCCUUAAUUAUUAUGAGGAUGCAUGGAAUUUAUCAAACUUUAAAUAUUCAAAAGCAGCUAGGUUCAUUGGAAAAUAUUAUUAUAAUAAAGAAAUGUAUAAAGAAUGUUGCGAAUAUUUAGAAAAAUCUUUAGAAAUAUCACCAUUGUUUUCAGAUAUAUGGUUUAUACUAGGUUGUUCCUAUAUGAAAAUAGAUAAAUUUGAUGAAGCUAUAAAAUCAUUCACUCGUAUGAUUAGUAUGACAAAUGAAAAUUGUGCUAAAUCAUAUGGAAAUUUAGCUUACUUGUAUAUGAAAAAAGGUACAUAUAAAGCAGCAAAAAUAUGUAUAAAUCAAGCUGUAAAAGUUAAUAAUAAUGAAUGGAAAUUUUGGGAUACAUAUUUAAAACUAUCAAUUUUACAAAAUGAUGUAGAUAGUUUCUGCUUAUCCAUAAGGACUUUAUGUCAACUAAAUCAAGUAAAACAAAUACAACCUUGGGUAUUUGAUUAUAUUUCUGAUCUUAUAGUAAAGGAUAAGCCAACUUUCAUUCAAAAUAAAAAUGGUUUAAGCUAUUUAGAUAAAAUGAUUACAACAAUGGAUAAUUUAUCUAUAUAUAUAACAGAAUAUGACUCUUUUUGGAAUGCAUAUUCAUUUUUUCUUUUUAUAAAAGGGAAGUUUACUGAUUCGUUUGAUACAAAAAUAAAGGAAAUACGAUCUAUAGAGAGUAUAAUACAAAAAUGUAAUACGAAUAAAAUAAUUGAAGCAAUGGUUUCCAAACAAACAGCUGCUAUAAAAUUUUUAUAUCACAUAAUAAAAAACCAUGAUAUUGGAGAAAAAAGAGGAACAUUUAUAUAUCAAUUAAAGAACAUAAUCGAAUCAACUUUAAUACAGUACAAGAACAUCAGUCAAGAAGAUGUAAAGGAGCUAUUAGAAAUUAAGAAAAUUAUGAAUUGA